AUGGCCGUGCGACGGAACGACAUACAAGCCUUUCUGGACCGGCCUUUACCACUCACGGUCCUUCCUACCCCCCUUCCUCAUAACUUUCGUUCCGUACAAAACGACAUCUGGUUCAGCGACUCAGAAACGCAGGAGCUAAUGGCCAUCAUGGACGCAUGUUUACACAAUCUCUACGACGUUCCGCGGGCUAAAACAAUCUUCGAUCGCCUCCAAGCUGCUCAAAGUGUUGCUAUAGACAGCCGGGUCGUCAACGCCAUGCUCGAAGCCUACCUAAAAAUGGCUUCUCAGAGUGACACCGAAUAUUGGAUCAAGGCUUUAUGGGACCUGUUCGAUUCUUUCCUGGAACCCAGCAAUUCUGCUUACGCCAUCGCAUUGCUCACUGUCCACCGCUUCCCUAACCAUUCACACCUCGGGAUUACCUCCCUUCUUAGUCAAAUGGUCCGCAAUAGCGUGCCCAUCCUCUUCGUUGUUUCUGAUCGUGUACUGGCCGAUGAAGUCGAGGCCGCAGAGCUCGUCACUCGACUUUCCAAGUCAGCAAUCGACCUCAAUUUACCAUCGGUAGUAGCAGAGCUCUCCCAAGCUCAGACCACCGCUACUGCUACUGUUGAAGAAGAUAUGGUUCCCGAGGCUCGCCCUGUCAUCAAAGACUCUGAUAAAACUGUUCCUUUCAAUCUUUUUACCCUUCGGAAACACCUGACGAGUACUGCUCUUGCUCGUCGUGUCAUUCCUACCGAUAUGAAUGCACGUCAAAAGUUGCUCGAAGAUAGCGUGUUCGAUGCUGCCAAAGAGCGUCUAGCGCGUCAGAGUGAACUGUUUGAGCGUUUUAACCUGCAAAGUAAUGUCCUCCAGCAGCCUGAUCUCCAACGUUGGAUGUGGCAAUGGCAUCUUCUUCUGACAGAUCGACUUCAGCGUGAAAUCACGGAAAUUGAGCGAACGGAAGCAUUGCGGGCUCCGGGUCUAUCGCAAUAUACCUCUCGCCGAAUGUCAGACCUUGCGCCCUACCUCUCUACCGUCAAACCAGAUCGCCUCAGUCUCAUCACCAUUGUCGAGCUCAUGCGACUCCAAGGCACUGGUGGCAUCGCCGAAGGGAUGAAGACAACCCGUGCACUGGUUAGCAUCGGAAAAGCCGUAGAAAGCGAAUAUAAAUCCAGCAUUUGUCGACGAAACCAGAUUGACAUUCCGAUAUCCAACGCACCUUUGGAUAGCUUCACGAAUAUGGGCUAUAAACAUUUACAACAAAGGCGUGUUCUGGCAGCCAAGUUUUCUUUGGACAAUGAAGGCUGGUCUGCACCGUGGACUCAAACGAUUCGCAGUCAAGUUGGCUCAGUGCUGGUCGAAUGUCUAUUAGAUGUUGCUCGCGUCACCCGAACGGCGGUCAAUAAAAUUACUGGCGAGUCUGUUCAAGAAGAGCAACCUGCGUUUUAUCAAGGCUACGAGUACCAACGUGGCCAAAAGCUCGGUGUGCUAAGACUCAACCCAAUCGUUGCAGAUAGACUGGCCAAAGAUCCAAUGCCGCUCCAUCCUCGACAUCUCCCCAUGCUCGUGCGACCCAAGCCAUGGAUAGACUUCAACGAUGGUGGUUACCUCAACUCAAAGAGUAACGCUAUGCGAUUCAAAGACUCGGUUGAGCAACGAUCUUACCUCAAGUAUGCGGCCGAGAAUGGGCACGUAGAGCUUGUUUUCCAAGGAUUAGACGUCCUUGGGAGCACACCAUGGCGAAUCAAUAGACGCAUAUUUGACGUUGUGCUCGAAGUCUGGAAUUCGGGGAAACGAUUAGGGAAGAUGCCUCCUGAGGUUUACGAUGAACCUGAACCUGAACCAUUUGAUGGCGAUGAGACGGAUCUGGCUCAACGCAACAUCCAUUUGGUGCGCCAACGCAUGUUUAACCAAGCCAAAGCGGCGAAUCACAGUGAUCGAUGCAGCGUCAACUACAAGAUCGAGAUUUCACGCUCCUUCCUUAACGAUGUAUUCUACCUUCCUCACAACGUCGACUUCCGCGGACGCGCAUACCCAAUCCCUCCUCAUUUGAAUCAUAUUGGAGACGAUCUCUCACGUGGGCUGCUCAUGUUCGCAGACAAAAAGCCGCUUGGUGAACGUGGCUUUCGCUGGCUCAAAAUUCAUCUGUCUAAUGUUUAUGGCUUCGACAAGGCCAAUUUCGACGAUCGCGUCAAGUUCACAGAAGAUCAUCUUGAUGACAUCUAUGACUCGGCAUUGAAUCCACUCACUGGUCGAGCUUGGUGGCAGAAGGCGGACGAUCCGUGGCAAUGUCUUGCCACGUGCGUAGAGCUCCAUGCUGCUAUCGAAAGCGGCGAUCCAUUGGCUUACAAUUCAGGCCUUCCAGUACAUCAAGACGGGACUUGUAAUGGGCUUCAGCACUAUGCAGCCCUUGGUGGCGAUGAACAAGGUGCCCAGCAAGUAAACCUUGUGCGAACCGAUCGACCCAGUGAUGUCUAUUCGUUUGUUGGUGCAAUGGUAGAGAAAAGUUUGGCCGAGGCUGCCGCCAAGGGCGACCCUACGGCUAUUCUACUCCAAGGCAAAAUAACACGCAAAGUGGUCAAGCAGACCGUCAUGACCACUGUCUAUGGGGUCACAUUCAUUGGAGCCCGCGAACAGAUCGAGAAGCAGUUACGGGACGUGAAGGGGAUUCCGGAUGAACAAGUAUGGGUUGCGGCUUCAUUCUUGGCGAAAAAAGUGCUUAGUGCUAUCGGCGAUCUUUUUUCUGGCGCGAAAGGCAUCAUGAACUGGCUGAGUCUCUCUGCUCGUCUCAUUUCCAAAUCAAUUCCUGGUGAUCGUAUUCCUGAGGCUUUGGGCGAACUUCAGCACAGACGGGAUACUGGGCGAAAACCCAGAAUCAUGACGGGCUUGCCUGACGAGCAUAUCAAAAGGGAGCAGAUGACUUCUGUUGUAUGGACCACGCCCCUCGGCCUGCCCAUUUGUCAACCGUAUCGCAAGGUCGCUAAACGACAGAUCUACACAAACCUUCAAACGGUUUACAUCAGCGAUCCUGCAGCACCGGCCGAAGUCAACUCGCAGAAACAGGCAUCUGCUUUCCCCCCAAAUUUUAUUCACAGUUUGGACGCGACGCACAUGAUGCUAACAGCUAUCGAAUGCAACGUUCAAGGCCUGACAUUCGCAUCCGUCCACGAUUCAUACUGGACCCAUGCUUGUAGCGUCGACGAAAUGUCCAGCGUGAUCAGGGCAACGUUCAUUGCCUUGCAUAGCUCUGACGUACUCCAAAAGUUGCGAGAAGAGUUCAUGACACGGUACCGGGGUUUCCAAGUCCCCUUGUACCAUCUUCGAAGCCCUACUCUCAUCAAGAUGUUACGUGCUGCCGGUUCGCGGAUACGGGUGACGCCAUCUCAAGCCAAAAGUCUUCAUUCCCUACGAGACAUCCUCGAAGUGACUGAGACCGAUUCCGCCGUCGCAACAAAGAAGGUCUACGACCAAGACGCACUCACAGAGAUGUUAGCCGAUUUGGGAGACUCUUUGGAUGAGAGUGAUACCAUGGACGAAGCCCCUGAAGCGAAGAAACCUCGACGAAGAAGGAAGAAACAAGUUUCUGACGAAGAGUUCAUAGAGGACCUCGUCGAUCCACUGGAAGUAAAGGCGGACAAGAAGCGGAAGGAGAAGGCACUCGCGAUGACCCAACUGAUGGGUAAAUUUGUUGACCUGACAGAUCUCCUACCUCCCCUUCCAGAAAAAGGUAGUUUUGACGUGAAAAGCAUCAAAGACUCGCCAUAUUUCUUCUCAUAG